AUGGCAGAUGAGAUCGCCAAGGCUCAGGUCACCCAGCCUGGCGGCGACACCAUCUUCAAGAAGAUCAUUCGCAAGGAAAUCCCAGCCAAAAUUAUUUAUGAGGAUGACCAGUGUCUUGCUUUCCAUGACAUUUCCCCUCAAGCACCAACACAUUUUCUGGUGAUACCCAAGAAACAUAUAUCCCAGAUUUCUGCAGCAGCAGAUGAUGAAAGUCUUCUUGGACAUCUGAUGAUUGUUGGCAAGAAAUGUGCUGCUCAUCUGGGCCUGAAAAAGGGCUAUCGAACGGUGGUGAAUGAAGGUUCAGGUGGGUGCCAGUCUGUCUAUCACGUUCUUCCCCAUGCUCUUGGAGGUCGGCAGAUGAACAGGAAUCCUGAGUUCAAAGUCCUAGAGACUCAGCCGAUCAACCUGAACCCUGUAACGGUGACUCAGCAUCUUCAAGGCCCCACUGUACUUACUGACUCCUGGGUCCUUGGCACAGUCAAGUUAACUAGUCCAGGUGACUAA